CGAUAUCUGUCCCUUCGUCCGCGCCGAAUUCCCAGAGAAUGCUUUCCCCGUGAUAUAUCGCUAAUAGUGCUCCGUGUCCUGUUGCCCCCAGCCACACGCUUAAUCUGCCUCGAACCAUCUCGUUUGUCGACUCGAGCGUAGCAUCCCCGCGCUAUCGCGACCAUGUCCGGAUACCCUAUGCAUCAGGCUCCUGGUGCGAGCUAUCCCAACCCGAACGGUGCGGACAUGCAAGAUGAACAGAACAAGUGGCGACCGCCAGUUGCGGCGGCUCCUCCUGGCUACUCUCAGACCGGAAGCCCAGCGAUGCCUCAAGCCCCGAAUCAAUAUGCAGGUGCGCCCGCGCAGUACGGCACGCCGGUGCAGCAGGAGUCAUAUUUCCCACACCAGCAGGCACCGCAGGCCUAUUCACAGUAUCAGGGCGACGAGGAUGUCAACAACUUGGCAGGACAGAUGGGUGCAGUCGGGUUAGGCGGGGACCAAGUGGCACAGCCAAAGCAUAAGAAGAAGAACAGACAUGCAUACCACAACAUCGAGGGCCCUGGAGGAAGCCAACAGGCUUUCAAUGGCAUGUCACCAAAUGGCACACCCGCACAGUUCAACAACCAGAACUCGCCUCAAGUUGGUGGAGCGCAAUGGAUGGAACCUCAGGUCACCCCCGCUAUGAGCCAGUUUCCCGCACCAGCGAACCCAGUUUUCAGUCCUGGGGCUCAGGCAUCUCCCAUGCAGUAUGCUGCGAGAACAACGGCAUCGCCGCAUCAACCAGGUGGAGCGGCUGUAGGAUCGGCACAGGGACGUGUGGACCCCGAACAGAUACCCAGUGUACCGAAGUCGCGAGAUGCGCCAGCCAAAUACUAUCUGGACCACGUAUAUCCUACUAUGGAGCACCACCUACCUCCUCCGGCUACUGUUCCCUUUGUGUCUUUUGACCAGGGCAAUUCCUCGCCCAAGUACGCACGCUUAACGCUGAAUAGUAUACCACUUACUGCACAGGCACUUGCUGCAACUUCUUUACCACUAGGCAUGAUCUUGCAACCACUGGCUGCUCAGCAGGAAGGUGAACAGCCAAUUCCGGUACUAGACUUUGGCGAGACGGGACCACCAAGAUGCACAAGGUGUCGAGCUUACAUGAAUCCGUUUGUGCAGUUCAAAUCUGGUGGCAAUAAGUUUGUGUGCAAUCUUUGCAGUUAUCCCAAUGAUGUCCCCGGGGAGUACUUUUCACCUACAGAUAUGGCUGGUAUACGGAUAGACCGGCUGCAACGACCUGAACUUACCCUCGGUACGGUCGACUUCAUGGUACCAAAGGAAUACUGGUCCAAAGAACCUGUCGGUUUACGAUGGCUAUUCUUGAUUGAUGUCACUUCUGAGGCUGUGAACCGCGGCUUUUUGUAUGGUUUCUGCGAGGGGAUCUUGAGCGCUCUGUAUGGUGAAUCAAGAGGUGAGGCAGAAGGGACAGAAGCCACGAGCCGGAUACCGAAGGGUGCGAAGGUCGGCAUCGUGACCUUUGACAAGGAGAUGCACUUCUACAAUCUCAGCCCCAACCUGACUAGUGCUCAGAUGCUGGUCAUGUCAGAUCUUGAAGACCCCUUUCUGCCAUUCAGCGAAGGCUUGUUUGUCGAUCCUGUGGAGUCAAAGAGCGUCAUCACCUCGCUUCUCACGAAUUUACCAAACAUGUUCUCUGAAGUCCAUCAUCCUGAACCGGCUCUCCUUCCUACUUUGAACUCUGCACUACAAGCACUAUCAGCAACGGGUGGAAAGAUAGUGUGCUCUUUGGCCGCACUGCCUACCUGGGGUCCUGGCCGACUUGUAUUUCGCGAAGAUGGCAACCAACUCAACACCGACGCUGAGAAGAAGCUAUUUCAAACCGAGCAUCCUGGUUUCAAAAAGGUUGCCGAGAAGAUGGUACAAAAUGGUAUCGGCGUCGACUUUUUCCUUGCUGCGCCCAGUGGAGGAUAUUUGGACAUUGCAACAAUAGGUCAUGUAUCUGCUGCAACAGGCGGAGAAGUCUUCUAUUACCCAAACUUCCAUUCGCCCAGGGAUCUGCUUAGAUUUUCCAAAGAGGUCCAGCAUACGGUCACGCGAGAAACCGGAUAUCAAGCGCUGAUGAAGGUUCGAUGCUCGACUGGUCUGCAGGUCUCUGCCUACCACGGCAACUUCUACCACCACACAUUCGGAGCCGACUUGGAGUUUGGAGUCAUUGAUUCAGACAAGGCUAUUGGGGUGAUGUUUAGCUAUGAUGGCAAGCUAGAUCCCAAGCUCGAUGCGCACUUCCAGAGUGCACUCCUAUACACAGCUGCAAAUGGUGAGCGUCGAGUAAGGUGUAGCAACAUCGUAGCCAGUGUUAGUGCAAACACUGGUGAGUGCAUGAAGUUUGUCGACCAGGAUGCAGUGGUGAAUAUCAUUGCCAAGGAAGCUGCUGCUCGUAUGACCGAGAAGAACCUGAAGGAGAUCAGGGGAGCUCUGACGGAGAAGACGGUCGACAUUCUUUCUGGUUACAGGAAGAACUUCUCAGGCAACAAUCCUCCUGGUCAACUCGUACUACCGGAGAACCUCAAAGAAUUCAGCAUGUAUAUUCUUGGUUUGAUCAAAUCACGCGCCUUCAAGGGUGGUAAGGAGCCCACGGACAGGAGGGUCCAUGACAUGCGGAUGCUCAAAUCAAUGGGGCCUCUGGAGCUGUCAUUGUAUCUUUACCCACGAAUCAUCGCAAUUCACAACCUCGACGCUGGCGAUGGAUUUGCGAACGAAAAGGGUCAUCUGGUCAUGCCUGAGUGUACACGAGCAUCCUUCUCCAAGUUCGAAGAGGGUGGUGCGUACAUUGUUGAUAACGGUCAAGUAUGUCUGCUGUGGCUGCACUCACAAGUCUCGCCCAAUUUGCUUGAAGACCUCUUCGGAGAGGGCAACAAUAGCCUUAAAGUACUGGAUCCAUUCCAGUCUUCACUCCCAAUUCUCGAAACCCAUCUCAAUGCGCAAGUACGAAACAUCCUGCAGUAUCUCGCCACCACGCGCGGCUCCAAAGCUCUUACGAUUCAGCUUGCGCGACAAGGUCUGGACGGAUCAGAGUACGAGUUUGCCCGGUUGCUUUACGAGGACCGAAACAAUGAGGCGCAAAGCUAUGUUGACUGGCUUGUGCAUGUUCACAGGCAUAUCCAGUUAGAGCUUGCAGGACAGCGACCCAAGAAAGAUGAUCUAGCUGACGUAGGAUCGACUUUUGUCGGGUUGCGAACACCGUACUGGGGCUAAAAGUGUUGCUGGGCGUCGAUGAGUAUGUAUUGCAUAGCGAAGGUAGGAGCGUGGCGCAUUCGGUUGUUGCGAGAUAGGAAUAUGUAAUUUGAUAAAAUCUUCAUUACGA